GGUGUGGCGUAGCAGGGCUCACUUGCGGGCUGCGUGGGGCUCCCCGAACCCGAGAAAGCGGAUUUGGGGGCCGGGAGGACCCGGGUGGGAGAUGGCGGCACGAUGGAGCAGCGAGAAUGUGGUGGUGGAGUUCCGCGACUCCCAGGCAACGGCAAUGUCUGUGGACUGUCUCGGGCAGCAUGCAGUGCUUUCUGGCCGCCGGUUCCUAUACAUCGUUAAUCUAGAUGCCCCUUUCGAAGGUCACCGAAAGAUCUCUCGCCAGAGCAAGUGGGACAUUGGCGCUGUGCAGUGGAAUCCUCAUGACAGCUUUGCACACUACUUCGCAGCUUCGAGUAACCAACGGGUCGACCUCUAUAAGUGGAAAGACGGCUGUGGGGAAGUUGGCACAACCUUGCAGGGCCAUACUCGUGUAAUCAGCGACUUGGACUGGGCAGUGUUUGAACCGGAUCUCCUCGUUACCAGCUCUGUGGACACCUACAUCUACAUUUGGGAUAUCAAAGACACAAGGAAGCCUGCCAUUGCACUGUCUGCUGUAGCGGGUGCUUCACAGGUCAAAUGGAAUAAAAAAAAUGCUAAUUGCCUUGCCACCAGCCACGAUGGGGAUGUACGGAUAUGGGACAAGCGGAAACCUAGUACAGCAGUGGAAUAUCUAGCAGCCCAUCUGUCCAAAAUCCACGGCCUGGACUGGCACCCAGACAGCGAGCACAUUCUUGCUACCUCCAGUCAAGAUAAUUCUGUCAAGUUCUGGGAUUACCGCCAGCCUCGGAAAUACCUCAAUAUUCUCCCUUGCCAGGUGCCUGUCUGGAAGGCCAGAUACACUCCUUUCAGCAAUGGAUUAGUCACUGUGAUGGUCCCCCAGCUGCGGAGGGAGAAUAGUCUGCUCUUGUGGAAUGUCUUUGACUUGAACACCCCUGUCCAUACCUUUGUGGGGCACGAUGACGUGGUGCUGGAGUUCCAGUGGAGGAAGCAGAAGGAAGGGUCCAAGGACUACCAACUGGUUACGUGGUCACGGGACCAGACCUUAAGAAUGUGGCGGGUGGAUUCCCAGAUGCAGAGGCUUUGUGCAAAUGACAUAUUAGAUGGUGUUGAUGAGUUCAUCGAGAGCAUUUCUCUUCUCCCGGAACCAGAGAAGACCCUUCACACGCAGGACACAGAUCACCAGCACAGCUUAAGCCAUGGAGAGGAAGAAGUCUUAAAGGAAGAUCCCCCGAGCAGUCUCCUAGAAGAGAAGAAAUCAGAUCAACCGGGACUGCCUCAGACUCUGCAGCAGGAGUUCUCCCUGAUCAAUGUGCAGAUCCGGAAUGUCAACGUGGAGAUGGACGCAGCGGAUAGGAGUUGCACAGUGUCUGUGCACUGUAGCAACCAUCGGGUCAAGAUGCUGGUGAAGUUCCCGGCACAGUAUCCAAACAAUGCCGCCCCUUCCUUCCAGUUUAUCAACCCCACGACCAUCACGUCCACGAUGAAAGCGAAGCUGCUAAAGAUCCUGAAAGACACUUCCCUGCAAAAAGUGAAACGCAACCAGAGUUGUUUGGAGCCCUGCCUGCGCCAGCUCGUCUCCUGUCUGGAGUCUUUCGUGAAUCAAGAAGACAGUGCUUCCAGCAACCCCUUUGCGCUCCCAAACUCCGUCACCCCACCCUUGCCAACGUUUGCCCGGGUGACCACCGCUUAUGGGUCGUACCAGGAUGCCAAUAUUCCCUUUCCUAGGACCUCGGGGGCCAGGUUCUGUGGAGCAGGCUAUCUGGUGUAUUUCACAAGGCCCAUGACGAUGCAUCGAGCAGUGUCCCCGACAGAACCUACUCCGAGGUCUCUCUCAGCCUUGUCUGCUUAUCAUACUGGUUUGAUUGCGCCAAUGAAGAUCCGCACAGAGGCCCCUGGGAACCUUCGUUUAUACAGUGGGAGCCCCACUCGCAGUGAGAAAGAGCAGGUCUCCAUCAGCUCCUUCUACUACAAGGAGCGGAUGUCUCCUCGCUCUGCCCGGCGACGUUGGUCCAUACAAGCAAUUAACGACUUCCCGAAAUCAAGGAGAUGGAAAAGCAAGCGCGAGGGAUCGGACUCUGGCAACCGACCAAUCAAGGCUGCUGGGAAAGUUGUCAUCCAGGAUAUUGCGUGCCUCCUUCCUGUUCACAAGUCACUGGGAGAGCUGUACAUAUUAAAUGUAAAUGAUAUUCAAGAAACGUGUCAGAAGAACGCCACUUCUGCCUUGCUUGUUGGAAGGAAGGAUCUUGUCCAGGUUUGGUCGCUGGCUACAGUAGCUACAGAUCUUUGCCUUGGUCCGAAGUCUGAUCCAGAUUUGGAAACACCCUGGGCUCGGCAUCCAUUCGGGCGGCAGCUGCUGGAGUCACUGUUGGCUCAUUACUGUCAGCUCCGGGAUGUGCAGACGCUGGCCAUGCUCUGCAGUGUGUUCGAAGCCCAGUCCCGGCCUCAGGGGAUACCAAACCCUUUUGGGCCUUUUCCCAGUCGUUCAUCUAAUCUGGUGGUGUCCCACAGUCGAUACCCCAGCUUCACCUCCUCUGGUUCCUGCUCGAGCAUGUCAGACCCAGGGCUCAGCACUGGCGGCUGGAACAUAGCGGGGAGAGAGAUAGAACACAUAUCUUCACCUUGGGGAGAGUCUUCACCAGAAGAAAUCCGCUUCGGGAGUCUGACCUACAGUGAUCCUCGCGAGCGAGAGCGUGACCAGCAUGAUAAGAACAAAAGGCUCCUGGAUCCUGCUAAUACCCAGCAGUUCGAUGACUUUAAGAAAUGCUAUGGAGAAAUCCUCUAUCGCUGGGGUCUGAGAGAGAAGCGAGCGGAAGUGCUGAAGUUUGUCUCCUGUCCCCCUGACCCUCACAAAGGGAUCGGGUCCCAGGUCCCUGCUUUACUCCAGCAGAAAACUGGAAGUUCAUUCUUCAGAGAAGGUAAAUGCAUUUCCAGAUUGAGAGGGCCUGCCAAGCACCUCACAUAAUGAAUGAAGAAAGGCUGGAUAAAGAGAAGACCCCUGGAGCUUCCAGAGAGAGAAAACAGGUUACGUGCAAGGGACACUUCAGGAGCAGUGAACUAGAUACUGGAAACUCGCUGACACUGCAGCAGUACCUUCAGAAGUCUCAAGAACAUGAUUUCUAACCUCGAUUCUGUACUCAAGUUAGCAGUCAAGUGUGAGAAUGAACGUUCAGCCAAUCUAAGGAGGAGGGAUAGAUUCAGUCCAGGAAACCAGGAAGUCAGAAAGACAGUGGAGGGAGAUGGUCGUGGCGGACCGGAGGUAGACCAGUCCAGGUUGGAGCUUCCGGAGCGUUGUCUCCAAGAAGAGAAAACUGAAAAAAAUAUCUAGUGUAGUUCAGUAUAUUUAUAGAAGAUUCAGAUAUUUAAGGGAGAGAGUAGAGAUGAAUUAUUGAUAAGUACAUAGCAAACUAAGCAAAUGAACGAAACAAGACAGUUACUAACUCCAGGAGAAGCAAAAUGUGAAGAAGGAAAAGUCAUGACUUGAAUAAUGUUCACCUAGAUAAAUCAUGUAAAAACAGAAUAGUGAUCCAAGCAAAUGGUAAUGGAACUGCCUGGGAAAGAUGAGGGACAGGUGUGUGUGCGUGUGGUGGGGGAGACUGGGGAGUGAAAGAGAGCUCCCACUGCGGGAGGUCAUAAGUAAUGCUUAAAUAUGAACAUUAAGAAAUAGCUUCAUAACCAGCGGUGUUUAGAGAUAGGGAGGUAAAAACAAAAGAAAGAGUGAAAUGGGUUGGAAGGAUUUUCCUCGGGAGUGUUGGGGGUGGAAGGGAAUGCUGGCUUUGGCAAUAGUGUUGUGCAUGUGUAUCUAGUUUCAAUUUAAAAAAGAAGUAGAACAAAUAAUAGAUAGCUGUAGAUACUGAAUGACACAGAUUAUUUUAACAUGGAUUAUUUUGGUGUGUGUACUUGAAGAAAUGCAAAGACACAAAAGGCUCUUUGGGCAAUAUAUUUUUCAGGGCAUCUAAAUACAUGAAAGUAUAUCAAGGAGAGAUUAACGAUGGCCCAGAGCAAUUAUCAAACCAGUCUAACUUGGCUCACAAUUUACCUAACGAGGACCACCAUAAAAUUUUCUCCGAACUUACUGUGUAUUUAAAGAUUAUUUAUUGGUGCUUUUUAUGACUGCCGGUGGUCAGGAAGCAGGGGAACUGGCUGUGGUGGAAGAAAGGUCCCUCCUCUGUUGUAGGAAGCAGGACAAGGGGACAACCCUGGGGAGACCGGAGGACUUGCUGGCAGAGGGAUGAAGGGGCUUUGUUUUCUCAGGGAAGUGAGAGAAGAGGCCCAGGUGACGGGAGCAGAGGUGUGAGGGAGGCGUUUUUGGAAUGUGGCGAGGUAUGAAGUAGCCAGCUAGGGAGUGGAAGAGAAACCGAGUCAGAGCCCUGCACAGACACAUCAUGAUGGUGGCCUUCUCGCGGGACCACUCGCAGGACCGCUCGGGGCAGACGUGGAGUGGACAGCUGAUCGGGCUCAGCCAGGGCUGAGGUGCUGCCGUGGAGGGAGAGAGGCAAAGGAGCUGAGGAUAUUUGCCACAAAGUGAUUAUAAAUUUGGACUGUCGUUCAGGCUGACCUCAGGGGAGAUUGCAGCUAGAGGGGGGCAGAUGGAACGAAAGUGAAAGUGAUGGUGGUAGACUAGAGGUGAGAGGGCAGCCACCUGAGAGGUCAGAUGUGCAGAAGGUUGGUGGCGUGGAUUUUGGAGGCACCAAGGAUAGUGCCAAGAAUCAGUUUAUUAACACACAGUUUAUUAAUCUGCAGCUGUUGGGGUUGGGGAGGGGAAUGAGACACAACAGCCACCACAGCUACAGGCACCGGGGGUUGGACCAGGACCUGCAAGAGCCAGGCACCUGCUACCCUUCGGCCCACACCCUGCCACCUGAGUGACAGCAGCUCCUCUUUAUAACACUGCGAUCGUAAAGAUGGAAAAUCAUUGGCCUAGCCCUGGCCAGUGUGGCUCAGUUGUUGGGCAUCGUCCUGUGCACCAAGAUGUCACUGGUUCGAUUCCCUGUCAGGGCUCAUGCCUGGGUUUCAAG